AUGACAAGGAGUUUGCUUUUGGUUCUAUUGUUCAUCCAUGCAACUUUAGCCGCAAGCGCAGCACCCUCAGGCGACGCACCACCCCCAGGCGACGCUGGGGCUGCCAACGGAAGCUCCGUAUGGCAAACUCUACAUGGGGAGCAGCCAAAGGUGGUGGCUCAUGGCGGGUUCUCGGGGUUAUACCCACAAUCGACUCCAACGGCGAAUGCAAUUGCUGCACUAUACCCAAAACUGAUUCUGCUCUGCAAUUUACAAAUAACAAUGGACAAGGUCGGAAUCUGCGUGGCAAAUCUCGACCUCAGUGAAGGAACCAGCAUAGCGGUCGAGUACCCCAACAAAACUAAAACGUACAAGGUAAAUGGAAAAGAUGUCACGGGCUAUUUCAGCGUGGAUUACACCAUGAACCAACUCAAUAACGUGAUAGCAACGCAGAGCGUAUUGAGCCGUCCAGAUGCCUUCGAUAUCGAUCCGAUUCCAACAUUUGAUGAUUUUCGUGCAAGCAUCGCUGCUCCACGGUGGAUCCAUGUUGAGUAUCCUCAAUUCUAUGACGAGCACAAACUGAGCUAUGAGGAUUAUUUUGACAAAAAUAGUCUCCGAGGCAUCAAUUAUUUAUCCACUCCGGAGCUUACUUUUCUGAAGGCAAUAAGUGCUAUGAAACCCCCUACCAUGAAGCUCUAUUUUGCCUUCAAAGGCAGAGAAGAGCUAGAACCCACAACCAACCAAACCUACGGCGAGCUCUUGUUAAACAAACUCAAACCGAUGAUAACUGGAAUUGUUGUCCCAAGGGAAUACAUAUGGCCGGUCGAAAAAUCCAACUACUUGGCACCAGAGCCAAACCCACUGGUGGCUGAUGCUCAUGAACUUGGUCUGGAAGUAUAUGUCUACGGAUUUGCAAAUGACAAUGUACUCAGCUACAACUAUAGUUAUGAUCCAACAGAAGAAUACCUGCAAUUCACCAGUAAGGGCUUCUCAGUCGAUGGUUUCAUUACCGAUUUCCCUCCAACUGCAAUGAACGCCGUUGAAUGUUUUGCGAAGUACAACAACUCCGAAAGCCGCAGAGAGGGACAACCUUUGGUUAUAACCAACGGGGGAGCAAGUGGAAUUUAUGCAGGGAGCACUGAUCUCGCUUACCAGAAAGCAGUAGAUGACGAAGCCGACAUAAUUGAUUGCAGCGUUCAAAUGAGUAAAGAUGGAGUUGCUUUCUGCAUGGCGACUGCCGACCUCAGUGUAGAUACUACUGCAGCAACAAUUUUCCCUGAUCGGGCCACCACUAUCCCUGAAAUUCAAAAGGAUGAUGGAAUAUUUUCUUUUGAUCUGGAAUGGAGUGACAUUCAAAGCUUACAACCUCAAUUAUCAUCCCCUUUUGAGAAAACCAGUGAUCUUAAGAGAAAUCCAGCAGUAAAGAACGAGGGGAAAUUUAUGACCCUCGAUCAAUUCCUGCAAUUUGCAAAGGCAAAAUCUGUUCCGGGCAUUCUGAUCAACAUAGAUAAUGCUGCAUACCUAGCAUCGAAAGAAGGCCACGACGUUGUUACGACAGUGAGCACAGCCUUACAUAAAGCCUCAUUUGACAAACAGACUACUCAACAAGUCUUAAUACAAUCAGACGAUACAUCGGUGUUGGCCAAAUUCAGCAAUCUCGGGUACAAAAGGGUACUGGCUGUCAAGGAAGAAGUAAGCGACGUACCAAAGGCUACAGUAGACGAAAUCAAAAAGUAUGCAGAUGCAGUCACCUUGACUAGAUUCUCUAUAAUCCCAACAAGCCAUGGCUUCACGAGGAAGGAAACCAAUUCUGUUCUGGCACUGCAAGCUGCAAACUUGUCUGUGUUCGUUACAACUCUGAACAACGAAUAUCUCUCACUUGCAUUCGAUUACAACUCGGAUGCCAUGUUCGAGAUCGCCACUUACACACAGAUGGUCCAAGUCAAUGGUACCAUUACGGAAUAUCCAGGAACUGCAAACAAAUAUCUGAAAAACCCAUGCUCGAAUCUUAACGACCCAGAUCUCAUGUACGCCAUCUUACCAAUCACCCCGGGCCAAAUGCUCAAUCUAACCAAGUACUCAGAAAACCUGAGUCCUCCGAAACCAGCUCUAGCUGUUAAAGACAUCGCCGACCCACCAUUACCUCCAGCGAUCAAAGUUCAGGAAGACGGAGCUCCUCCUCCGGGUUCAUCCGCCUGUGCCCAUUCCGGCCUCUCAAUCGCAGCUAUGGCGUUGCUAAGCUUACUCAACGGCUUAUUCCGCAUCUAA